AUGAUGAGUCUCGGUUUCAUGAAGUGUUCUCAAGAGAAGGUUGUGUACACGAAAAACCAUGAAGAAGAAGUACUCAUUGUUGACGUAUACGUCGACGACUUGAUUGUGACAGGAUCAUGCAUCAAGGGUGUUGAGGAGUUCAAAAAACAGAUGAUGAAGGAGUUUGAGAUGAGUGAUCUCAGACUACUCUCGUAUUAUCUUGGUAUCGAGGUGGACCAGAAGAAAGAUAACAUCGAGGUGAAGCAGGAAGCUUAUGCAAAGAAGUAUCCUAUGGAAGCAAAGUUGCAACUCGGAAAGGAUGUAGAAGGAAGCUUAGUGGAUCCGAAGGAGUAUAGACGUAUCAUCGGGUGUCUCAGGUACUUGACGCACACUCGACCUGAUAUCUCUUAUGCAAUUGAAAUAGUGAGUCGAUACAUAGAGAAGCCUACCACUCUACACCAACAAACAGUAAAACACAUUCUUCGUUACGCGAAGGGAACGACGAAUUAUGGGAUUCAGUUAAGAAGAGGACGAGAAGUUGAAGAACUUGUUUGUUUUACUGACAGCGACCUAGUCGGUGACACAGGUGACAUAAAAAGUACUAGAGAGAUGGUGUUUUAUCUUAACGGGAAUCUGAUCACUUGA